AUGAGGCCUUUGUCUUUGAAAGGUCAUGAUCGUGCUCUCACUCGCGUACGCUUCAACCGUGAAGGUGAUCUGCUUAUAUCUGCAGCCAAAAACAAACAACCAUGCUUAUGGUACACAGAAAAUGGAGAACGUAUCGGAACAUAUGAUGGGCACAAUGGUGUAGUAUGGGAUGUAGAUGUGUCAUGGGACACUACUCGAUUAGGAACGGCAUCCGGAGAUAACUCGAUUAAGUUCUGGGAUUGUGAAACUGGUACGGUGCUCCACACUAUUAAUACUCCAACUCCUGCGAAAUCGGUCAAUAUUUCGUUUUCGGGUAAUUUGCUAGCUUACACCACUCAGAAGAUGACGAAGAACCCAUCGGUGUUGUGCGUAGUGGAUACCCGAGACGACCAGCAGAUGACAGCUGAUUGUCCGUUGUUUCGCACUCAUUUUGAGUUUGAUAACUCAGCAACGACAUGUGUCUUUAGCGGAGCUACCGACUGUGUCACUGUUGGGUUCGAAAAUGGACACAUAUUGCAGUAUGACCUGAAAACUAACGAUGAGCCAUGCUUGUCAAAUGACAAAGUUCAUAGGUACGCCAUUACUGACCUACAACUGUCACCUGAUGGGGCAUUCGUUAUAUCAUCAUCAAAGGAUAAAACCGCAGCGCUGCUGGACGUUUACACUUUGGAUAAUCUAAAACAAUACCGCUCCGAGCGACCAGUGAAUUCUGCUUGUAUCUCACCAAUUCGUGAUCAUAUUUGCCUCGGAGGAGGAGAGGAUGCUAUGCAAGUAACACAAACAGCAGUUUCUGCUGGUCACUUCGAAGCAAAACUCUACCACAUGGUUUUUGAAGAGGAAUUUGCUAGAUUUAAAGGGCAUUUCGGUCCCAUCAAUACGAUGGCAUGGCAUCCGUCUGGGAACAUCAUUGCCACUGGUGGUGAAGAUGGUUAUGUGCGUGUUCAAGAAUUCGAUGAUGACUAUCUUGAGUUCAAAUACGAUUAUUGA